CGUUGUUUUGGUUGAGGUAAAUCCAGUCAGUGUAAUAAUUUUAUGUUCCUGAGGAUAUUUCUUUUCGUUUCCCUUUCUGAAUUAAUUAAAAAAGAUAAAAAAAAACCAACGACUCUAACCAACACUGCCACCCAGCCUUUUCACUCACUCUCUACGAAUGUUGACACUCAAAUACUCUCUCUUUGCUGCUAGCUGGCUUCUACUGUCACCUUCAUUUACUACUUUCUUUUGUACAUUUUGUAGUCUGUUUGGUUCCUGAGAAAAAAAAAGGAAUGAAAAAGAAAAAUGGGUUUCUUUUUUAAUGCUUUCUUCUGUUUUAUGUAACAAUCUGAGGUUCAGUUUUGUCAAAGAUUUCCUGCAAUUCCUUGACUAUGUCUUAUUGUCUGUGGAAAAACUGCUGCAUUCUCUUUUGAUUGUGGUUAAUGUACUAUGAUUGGCUUCAAAAAGGUUAAGAUGCUGAAUUUUUGUGUUUUUCUUUGUUGGGUUGUUUAGAUAAGCUAAUUUGCGCAAAAGGGUGUCGGUCAAGAUUCAUGCUUGUAGUGAAAAUUCAUGUCAUUUUGUGUAAUGAAGUGAGGUUAUAGUUUUCUGGGUUUAGGCCAAAAAAUGAUACCAAGUAGGCCACAGACUCCAAUUGGCGGUUCCUCUUUGUCUAACCUGUGCUUUUGAGAUCAAAUUCUGCUAUUUUGGGGUCUCAAGGAGGUGGUUCCAUGCAGCUAGGUCAGUAUAACAUGAAUUUGGUUGGGGACUUUCCAAGUAUGUCUUCUCUUAUCAAUCAGAGUUUUGGGAAUGGUGGCUCGAGCUCUGGACUUUCUGGUUUGGAGUCUAAUCCCAUUUCUAUGGUAGCAAAUGAUGUGGGUUUCAGCUCAUCAUCUGAUGGUUUUAAUAUGGUAAACCAGCUUGGAGCUGCAGCACAGAAAUACCAAGCUUCUGCUCAAAAUGCUUCAUCGAACUCAUCUUCACCUGAUUUAGAAAGUAACUGUAACAUGUUUCUUGCAUCUGCUUGUCAACUAGCAAAAGCCUUGGAGAUACCUUUAGUUAAUGAUUUAGGAUACACAAAGAGAUAUGUGCGUUGUCUCCAGAUAUCAGAGGUGGUUAAUUGCAUGAAAGACUUGAUUGACUAUACUGCUCAAGAGGCUGGCAAGGGACCAAUAGAGAGUUUGGCUCAGUUCCCCCGCAGAACUAGGCCUUUUUCUGGGCUGCACAGUUCUGAUCAGCAACCACCUGAGAAAAAGCAGCAUACUAAACCUACAUCGAAUGAUGAUCUUCAUUCUGUACAGGCAAGUGUCAUGCAUCCUUCCACAAGCAAUGGUGUUGCAAGUGCAAACAAUUCCCUCGGCACAAGCUCCACCUCUUCCUCUGCCAUUGCUGUUGCCAGGCUUUUUCAUCAGAAUUCCGUGAAUUCACGGAUUGAAAAUCAGAUGACUAGUCCCGGCAGUCCAUAUACUGGGACAUUUGUUCAGAUUCCAUCUGCUGUCUCUUCAACCACUCUGACACUAGCUCAGCUCAAUCCCUCCUCUCCCUUCUCUUGUUUAACACCAUCAUCAUCUAAUAAUCCUCAAAGUUCUCACAAUAUGUUAGCUGCAUCAACUGCAAUAAACCAUGUCAGUUCAGCACAUUCACCUGUUCAAACACCAAUGGAGCAGUCAUCUCAGUCAAAUGAGGUUGAUCCAAAUGAAUUUCAGAGCUCUGUUGAGAAAAUUAUACAAGAAAUGAUGAUUUCUUCACAGUUCAGUGGGGCAGGUGGUAUGGUCAGUGUUGAUUAUGAAGGAAAUGAUAUAAAGGACAUAAAUAGGGUCACACGGUCAACACAAAAUGUGUUCACCAGUGGCCCUUGCCUGGAGGGCAAUGUGAUGGGAAACAAGAAGUCAGGUACUAUGGAUGGAGGAUUUGGGAGUUUGAAUGGUCAAAAUCAUAUCUCUGCCUCUACUAGCAGAUUCACAGCUGCCAUGGGGAAUGUCUCCAGCACUUUGUCUGGUAGGUUUGCCAUGCCAGUGAUGGAUCAUGAUGCUGGUAUGAAUCAUCAACAACAGGCACUGGCUUAUCAGUUGCGUCUUGGAGCAGUAAAUAGAUUUCUUGAUAACCAAUUUGAUUAGAAAUCUCCCUGAAGAGUAGUUAAUUUUACUGAUACUUUCAUGGUGAUAGUUCAGACCUAGUACGAUACCAUUCAGGUGGUGAUACAAAGGGUUUGAGACGUGGCCAUUUUAUCCUUUCUGCUGAAUCAUGAGAAAAUUUUGUUUCCUUUGACUGGCAGCAGCUGCAUAUUGUACAAAUAUAGAACUUCUGCCAGUAGGCAAUUUCAGCUGAUGGUGAUGGGGAGGCAAUAUUUUCUUAAUUAGCCAGAGAUGGAUUAGAAUUUUAUGUUUUCAGAAAGAAUCAAGAAAUAUUCUGCUUUGAUAAUGAGUUCCAUUUGUUCCAUA